CCUGUUCAAUUGUGUCAUCAACGAGCGACUCUUCUCGAGGCCGCCGUCGUCGCCUGGGUCUAUACCACCUCUAAACAAAGAUGGCUCCAUCGCCUACUAAACGGAAGGAAGAGGAGAAAACGAAAGACCGAACCAAAGAGAAAACUACCACCAAGGACGGAGAAAAGGACAGGGGACGGGACAAAACCAAGAAGCGCCGCAGUGCAUCCACUGGAAGCAGCAGCAGCAGGUCCAGAUCUAGCUCCUCUUCCAGCAGCAGCUCUGGUUCCAGCUCGGGCUCCUCCAGCGGCUCCAGUUCGUCCGGAACCAGCCGCUCUGGCUCCUCAAGCUCUCGCUCCUCAUCCUCCUCCAGCUCCUCUGGGUCUCCGAGCCCCAGCCGCAGGCGCCACGACAACCGCCGCCGCUCCCGUUCAGCAUCCAAAACACAGAAAGGGAGGGGAGAUGAUAAAGAGCGGAGGAAAAGAACCCCAAGCCCCAAACCCACUAAGGUUCACUUAGGACGACUGACCAGGAACGUCACCAAGGACCACAUCCAGGAGAUCUUUUCCACUUAUGGGAAAAUCAAGUCUGUUGAGAUGCCAGCGGAGAGGCUGUGCCCGCACUUGUUCAAAGGCUUCGCUUACGUGGAGUAUGAGAGCCACGAGGAGGCUCAGAAGGCCCUCAAGUACAUGGAUGGAGGCCAGAUCGAUGGACAGGAGAUCACAGCGUCGGCUGUGCUGCCCCAAAGAAUCCGCCUUCCUCCUCGUAGGCUGACCCCCCCUCGCCGAAUGCCUCCUCCACCGCCCAUGUGGCGUCGCAGCCCCCCCCGCAUGAGGAGAAGGUCCCGCUCGCCAAGGAGGCGUUCCCCAGUACGCCGCCGCUCCCGCUCCAGAUCUCCUGGACGCAGGCGUCACCGCUCUCGUUCCAGCUCCAACUCCUCCAGAUAAACGUGGAAUCUCAAGCCGAGUUUAUUUGUUUCUUCUUUUUUUAUUUUAAUUCUUACAAAAUUAAUCUACCGCAUGGAAAUGUCCAAGCUCAACAUGUGCCCGCAUGUAGGGAGUCUUUUUUUUUUUUUUUUUUUCCCAUGACAUUAUUCUUGUAAUUUUUGAUCCUGUUCAAGUCGUAAACCCUUUUUAGCGUGUAUUGACUUUUAGACAGUUUGAAAAAUAAAACACGUUUAACAUCA